AUGGACAAAAGCGAUAUUGCCUCCAGUUCCGGCUCAGAUAUGAGGAAGAAACUAAAGUUAGACGAUUCUGUUGACGAGGAAGCUUUUGACGAAGCUUUUGAGGAACCUUUUGAGGAAACCCCUUCCUUUGCAAAGCUUAUGCGGCUCAUGAACCCGACUUUACCUCUUAUUGUUCCUCCGGUUGAGAAAGAAAUCCUCGAGAUACACCAAGAACGCCCUGUUUUGCACGACGAUUUCACUUGUAUCACAUCUCAUUUCAUUGAUGAUAACUGGAAGCUCAGGAAAUGGAUUCUCGGCUACACUACUGACGACGAGUCGGGUAACGAUUAUCCUUACCAUUUUAGGACUGCUGUUCACGGUUUCGAGAUUGAUAACAAGGUCUCUACUAUACUCCUCCCUAACCAUGAUGGGUUUAAUGAGAAAACAGUUGAUGCAAUCAGGAAAUGUAUUGAGCUGAAAGGGAAUCAUUCCAUCAACCCACCGGUUUUUCUCAUCUAUUGUUGUGCUCAUCUUUUCCGGUUAAUGGUUGGUGAUUUGUUUUGUGAGUUAAGCUCGUCGCUGCUUGAGGAUCUCCGUAUGUUGGUUGGAUGGGGAAGUUGUUCAUCAUUCUACUGGAAUGUUAACUUGGCUCAUCUGCAACAAGCUGUAGAUCUCAAAACCGAGGAUGCAUUCUCAAAAGAUGAGGUAUACGAUGAAUAUGACAAGCCGUCUGAUGAAGAUUGGAUAAAGAUUGAAACUUUUUGUAAACUCGCUGGUUGUAUCUAUAAAGUGGCAAAGGUGCUUUUCGAGGGAGAGUAUUCGACAUCUAAUGUCUACUUUCACCUACUUGCAGAGCUCAAGGUAAUGUUGAACCAAGAGCUCGCAAAUGCUGAUAAUGAUUACUUCCGUGGGAAAGUUAAGCAGAUAUUGAAGAGGUUUAAUAAGUAUUGGAGUGAUAUGUUUCUGGUUUUGGCAACUGCUUCUGUGUUAGACCCUCGAUUCAAGGCCAAGUACAUUGAGUUUUAUUGCUCAAAGAAGAGAGACGAUGAUCAAGUCUCAAAAGCUGAAACUGUUUUGGACUAUUUAAGCAACCUUUAUGCUCGUUAUGCAGCUAGCGAUAUCUGUUGUUCAAGAGAGUUUCAAGAAUCAGAACUUGAUUCUUAUCUCAAGGAACCAGUUAUGGAGUGGAACAAAGACUUCAAAGUAUUGGAAUGGUGGAAGGAAGAGAGCCAAAGGUAUCCAAUCCUAUCUAGAGUAGCUCGUGACAUUCUCUCCAUACCAAUCUCACGUGCAACUUCGUACAAUGUUUAUGUUCCGGACAAAAGAGAGCCUCCUGAGUUUGUUCUUUCUUUGAAACCUAAAGUUGCUAACGCCAUGAUGUGCAGCAAAAGCUGGUUACGACUUUGA